AUGUCACAUUAUGAGGGCAAAAAGCACGCUCAGAAGGUUCGACUUUACAUCCAAAUGCACAGCGAGAAAGAAGAGAGGAAGGAGCAUGGAAAACAGAAGAGAGUGGAUUGUGUCAAUUUUCAGGCGGAUGACAGUGGAGCAGUGGACAGAAACAAGUACUGCAAUCUCUGCAACAUGAUUUUUACUUCCCCCAUUGUUGCUUUGUCUCACUACUUGGGAAAGAUCCAUGCUAAAAAGCUGAAGCAAUUAUCAGGAGACCAAGCCCAGAUGUCAGCUCAGCAAACGCAGCCUGUCUCCGCUGUAGAGAAGCCCUCAGCGGAGGAGGCCUCGCCGACUUCGAAAGCUGAAGAGUCGUCUUCAUCCUCCAACAAAAGUUCAGAGUUGAAUGAUCCAGAGAGGUACUGCAAGCUCUGCUGUGCCCCCUUCAAUAACCCACUGGUGGCCCAUCAGCACUAUGUGGGUAAGAAACACAGGAGAAAUGAAGCACGUAAAAAGGUCAUGGAGGAGGUGGAGGACAAAGCGGCCCCUGCAGAAUCCAGCACAAAUGUCUCUCUGACCUACAACUUCUUUUCAGCAGGUGGGAUUGGUCAGUACAUAUGUCCUAUAUGUAACAUCACACUUAGUUCUCUAGAAAUGUACCAGUCCCACAUGCAAGGAAAUAAGCACCAGACUAAAGAAACAACAGCUCUCAAUCUCAUGAAGAACUCGAGGAAAACUUAUGACUCCUUUCAAGAUGAACUAACAGAUUACAUUGAAGUACAGAAAGCUAGAGAUGUGGAGUCAAAAACGCUUUCCAGAAUGACAGAAGGGGAAGUGUUUCAGGAUAAAGAUGUUAAAGGAAGAAGUGACCCUGGUGAGAUUUUACUAUGUGAACAAGCCCAGCAUUCCAGCCUCUGCUCAGAAACACAGUCACCUACAAAUACUGGGGAAAACCCGACAGCUUGUGAGAAUACACCGGAAAACAUGCCUGAUUGUCACUAUAACGUGGAAUAUUGUGUAGACAAAAAGGCCUCUGAGGUGGCCACCAUCAGAGAGGAGGGCUUUGGCCUAUCAGCUGCCAAAUCUAAUGACUGCCACGAACUUCUGUCUGCUGAAACUGCUCUCAGCACCUGCAGAAAAGAACAAAAACCUCUGGAAAAACAUGUUGAGGAGGAGAAAUACGUCAGUGUAGAACUGAAGCAUGAGAAAAAAGGCGCAAAGCAGAAAAGAAAGGAAAAUAGUGAAGAUGAAGAUUCUGGAAAGGAAAGUGAGCAGCCAAAGCGAGUAAAAGUGGAUGUAGACUUGAUAAAUGAGAAGAAAUCGAAAUCUUACAAAGGCAAAAGGCUUGGAGCAAAGCGUGCUGCAAGAGAGAGCAAAAGGCACAAAAAAGAUAAAAAGGAUAAAAAGAAGCCACAGACAGAAGGCAAAACAGAAGAGGAGCUGCUAUGGGAUGAAUCUAUCCUGGGAUACUGAUGCAGCUAUUGUUUAGUUUUAAGAACCUGAUCCUCU